AUGGCCAAAGAUGGUGGUGGCUUCGCCAAGGUGCUGCUGCUCCACGUCGCCGCGCUGUCGACGGCCGGCGCCGUCGCAGCCGCCGCUGCCCUGGCGCGGCGCCGGCUGAGGGGAGACAGGAGGAAGCAGCUGCAGGCGCCGGCCAUGGCCGAAAUGCCCCGGCUGCGGGUGGCCGAGUCCGGCCGCCUGGAGUACCUCGAGAAGUUCUCGCACUACGUGGCUAGGCAGCUGGGUUUCCAGGACGUGAACGAGUGCCCACAGCUGUGCAAACUGGCAAACAACUACCUCAACAACACCAAGACGUGCAUGGAGGACAUUUACGGGUUUUUCGCCAACGCCAAGGACGCCGAGUGCCUUUACGUCAAGCUCAUAGAGGAGCUGGACAGAUGCAUCCUCGGAUAUUUUGCAUUCCACUGGGACCAUGCUACCUAUUUCAUCAGCUCGGCGUUGACCGCGGACAGCGGCACCAAAAAGAAGUGGAGGAACAUGGUCUUGGAAGCAACAAGGAAGCAGCGCUUCGAGCGCGUGACGCGUGACCUGAAGGUGACGCGGGUGUUCUCGACGCUGGUGGAGGAGAUGAAGGCGAUCGGCGUCGGCGGCGGCGAGGCGCGGUCGUCGUCGCAGUGCACGGACGUGAUGGCCCCCGUGGCGCACUCGGAGCGCAGCCCGGUGCUGCUGCUGAUGGGCGGCGGGAUGGGCGCGGGGAAGAGCACGGUGCUCAAGGAGAUCAAGCAGGAGGCGUUGUGGGCCAACGCGGAGGGCAACGCCGUGGUGGUGGAGGCCGACGCCUUCAAGGAGACGGACGUCAUCUACCGCGCCAUCAGCUCCAUGGGACACCACAACGACAUGCUCCAGACGGCAGAGCUGGUCCACCAGUCAUCGACGGACGCGGCGUCGUCGCUGCUGGUGACGGCGCUGAACGAGGGUCGCGACGUCAUCCUGGACGGCACGCUGUCCUGGGAGCCCUACGUGGAGCAGACCAUCGCCAUGGCGCGCGCCGUGCACCGCCAGCGCUACCGCAUGGGCGUCGGCUACAAGGUCGCCGACGACGGCACCGUCACCGAGAGCUACUGGGAGCCCGACGGCACCGAGCAGCCCCCGCCCGCCGGCGGGGCCAGCAGGAGGCCGUACCGGAUCGAGGUCGUCGGGGUCGUCUGCGACGCCUACCUGGCCGUGGCGAGGGGCAUCCGGAGGGCCAUCAUCACCCGGCGCGCCGUCAGGGUGCGGUCCCAGCUGCAGUCGCACAAGCGCUUCGCCGCCGCGUUCCAGCGGUACAGCCGCCUCGUCGACGGCGCCAGGCUCUACAGCACCAACUCCAUGGGCUCCGCCAGGCUCAUCGCCUGGAAGGACGGCGUCGGCAGCAGCCUGCUGGUGGAGCCCCGGGAGUUCGACUGCCUCGAUAAGGUGAGCAGGCUCAACGAGAACGCCACCUCCGUCCACGACCUCUACCCCGACGGCACCACCACCUGCGGCGAGCGCUCCGUCUGGGAGGACAUGGUCGCCGCGCCGGCGCGCGCCGACACACAGCGCGAGCUCAAGGAGGCCGUCCGCUCCGUCGAGGCCGGCGGCGGCGAGCCGGACACACCGCCGACAACGCCCCAGCGCGAGCUCCUGGGGGUUAUCCGCUCCGUGGAGGCCGCCAACGGCGAGCCAGCUGCACCUGCACCUGCAGCAGAGACACCGACAGCUGCCUAG